CUGUAUGGCAUAAUUUUUCAGCUCUGGGAGUUCAUUAGGAGUCGCGGCGGCAGAAUUGCUUUACUCAGAUAUGCCGUUGAAUCCAUCUGCGCUCACUUUGGAGUAACAGUGAUAAGGCUACCGCCUUGUCACUGUUUCUUCAACCCAAUAGAACUCUGCUGGAGUCAGAUAAAGGGCAACCUGGCCAAGUCCGGUAAGCCGGGCGACUCCUUAGAAACGGCAAUCAAAUCAGCGUACAGCGCCAAGAACAACAAAACUACGUCAUUCGGUCGUAAAGGGGAUUUAUAUCUCGAAUUUCUAAUAGCUUAUAUAAAUUGCCUGUAUCAGAAGGAUCUUGUUCGACGAUGUGCACAGAACCGAGUGGAAGUUGCCAACGGAGAAUGA